AUAUCGGAUUCUCGUGACAAGCUGCUAAUACUCUCUCUCUCUCUACCGCUUCCUAGAUCGCGAUCUCGAUCUGCGGCGAUGGGAGGAAGUCUAGCAGCGGAGGCAGCAGAGACGCGAUACUUCUGCUGAUUAGCUGCGGCGGAGGCUUACGAAGGUCGGAUCAUUUUAGCUUAAGGUGGAACGGCUGAAGGAGAAGGAGGAAUGGGUUACAGAGCAGAAGACGAUUACGAUUACCUCUUCAAGGUUGUGCUGAUUGGGGAUUCCGGCGUGGGUAAAUCCAAUCUUUUGUCCAGGUUUACGCGAAACGAGUUCAGCCUCGAGUCUAAAUCGACCAUCGGCGUUGAGUUCGCCACCAGGAGCAUUCAUGUAGACGACAAAAUCGUUAAGGCCCAGAUUUGGGACACUGCGGGCCAGGAAAGGUACCGUGCAAUCACAAGCGCAUACUAUCGCGGUGCGGUUGGUGCACUCCUUGUUUAUGAUGUUACUCGCCAUGUGACAUUUGAGAAUGUUGAGAGAUGGCUGAAGGAGCUCAGGGAUCACACAGAUACCAACAUUGUCAUCAUGCUUGUGGGAAACAAAGCCGACUUGCGCCACCUUAGGGCCGUCCCUACCGACGAAGCUAAGGCUUUCGCCGAGAGGGAAAAUACUUUCUUCAUGGAGACAUCGGCGCUCGAAUCAUUGAAUGUCGAAAAUGCGUUCACCGAAGUCCUCACCCAGAUCUAUCGUGUCGUGAGCAGGAAAGCUCUUGACAUUGGUGACGAUCCUGCAGCUCUUCCAAAGGGGCAGACAAUCAAUGUUGGUACCAAAGAUGAUGUUUCAGCUUUGAAGAAAGUAGGCUGCUGCUCUGCUUAACUUUUUCUUGCACUGUGAGGCAUUCCAUUCUCAUCUUCUAAAUUUCGCAACUUUUACUCAAUGUGAUUUUCACCUUAAAUUUACUCAAUACUGGGAGUUUGUCCUGGAUGAUUUGAUUUUGCUGUUUUAGUUUAGUCGAUCAAGACUUUUCUAUUCAUGGCUUGUGUUCAUUGUUGUAUUGCUUGUAGCUAUAACUAUAGGCUUUUUAGCUGUUUUUCACAUUCAGCUUUUGCUUCCUGGUUUAACAGGUACUCCAGUAAUGAUGUUUCAUCUGAUUAUAUGAUUUAUUGGUUGGUUCUUUACCUUU